AUGCUGCCGCCUGGGCGAAACGGCACCGCCUACCGGGCGCGGUCCCGGCAGCAGCAGCUGGCGCAGGGGGGCGCCGUGGGGGCCUCGGAGGGGGCGACGCUGCUGGGGCCAGCGCAAGUGGUCACGGCCUGCCUCCUGACCCUGCUCAUCGUCUGGACCCUGCUGGGCAAUGUGCUGGUGUGCGCGUCCAUCGUGCGCAGUCGCCACCUGCGCGCCAGGAUGACCUACGUCUUCAUUGUGUCUCUGGCUGUGUCUGACCUCUUCGUGGCGCUGCUGGUCAUGCCCUGGAAGGCGGUCGCCGAGGUGGCCGGUUACUGGCCUUUUGGGGCCUUCUGCGACAUCUGGGUGGCCUUCGACAUCACGUGCUCCACCGCCUCCAUCCUGAACCUGUGCAUCAUCAGCGUGGACCGCUACUGGGCCAUCUCCAGGCCCUUCUGCUACAAGUGCAAGAUGACGCAGCGUGUGGCCUUGGUCAUGGUCGGCCUGGCGUGGACCUUGUCCAUCCUCAUCUCCUUCAUCCCAGUCCAGCUCCACUGGCACAAGAUGGGCUCCUGGGGUGGGGUGGAGCCACCAUCUAACCUGGUCAACGGGACGCCCUGGGAGGAAGCCGGGGAGCCAGACUUGAGGGCGGAAAACUGUGACUCCAGCCUGAACCGAACUUACGCAGUCUCCUCCUCACUCAUCAGCUUCUACAUCCCGGUGGCCAUCAUGAUCGUGACCUACACGCGCAUCUACCGCAUCGCCCAGGUGCAAAUCCGCAGGAUUACCUCCCUGGAGAGGGCCGCGGAGCACGAGCAGAGCUGCCGGAGCCGUGAGGCCUGUGCGCCCGACACCGGCCUGCGGGCAUCUAUCAAGAAGGAGACCAAGGUCCUCAAGACCCUAUCGGUGAUCAUGGGGGUCUUCGUGUGCUGCUGGCUGCCCUUCUUCAUCCUUAACUGCAUGGUCCCUUUCUGCAGCGGACACCCCGAGGGCUUCCUCUGCGUCAGCGAGACCACCUUCGAAGUCUUCAUCUGGUUUGGCUGGGCCAACUCCUCCCUCAACCCCAUCAUCUACGCCUUCAGCGCUGACUUCCGGAAGGUGUUUGCCCAGCUGCUGGGGUGCAGCCACCUCUGCUCCCGCACUCAGGUGGAGACAGUGAACAUCAGCAAUGAGCUCAUCUCCUGCAACCAGGACACCGCCUUCCACAAGGAGAUCGCAGCUGCCUACGUCCAUAUGAUCCCCAACGCGGUGACCCCGGGUGCCGCGGAGGUGGACAAGGAGGAAGAGGAGAGCCCUUUCAGUCGCACGUCCCAGAUCUCUCAGACGUCCCCAGAUGGUGACCCUGCUGCCCAGCCUGUCUGGGAGCUGGACUGUGAGGGGGAGAUUUCAUUAUGCAAAAUAACGCCUUUCACCCCAAAUGGAUUCCAUUCAACUGCCUAAGAACUGCUCUUUGUGGAUCUAUAUAACCGCGUAGACAUUAGCCAGCAUGCAGAAUACACACUGGACACACACAUACAUCUCCACUGCUGCUCAGUUUAUCAUGCCUUCUGUGUCGGUGUAGUAGUCCAUGUGCUUAGAAACCUCACCAGACUGAUUUGUUGAGGAAAGAUUCGGUAGAAGCAGUUGGAAAAAACUCAGUCAAAUAUACCCUA